AUGCAUCCACGCGCGAGGCUGCUUUCUUCGUACAUGCGGAGGCUGCCGCUACUCAAUCAACAUGUUCGAAGCUUCGGCAGCGCGCCAUCCGGCGGACGUCCAUCAAUGGACUUGUAUAUUCCCACACCCUACAUCGAGGAGACCUCGGAAGGGGAUAUCUUUUCCAAGCUCCUGCAGGAACGAAUUAUCUGUUUAAAUGGCGAGAUAAACGACUACAUGUCCGCAUCUAUUGUUGCUCAGCUGCUAUGGCUUGAGUCCGACACCCCCGACAAGCCGAUUACAAUGUACAUCAACUCUCCAGGCGGCUCCGUCACCUCGGGAAUGGCCAUAUAUGAUACCAUGACUUAUAUCAAAUCCCCUGUCUCGACCAUCUGUGUCGGCGGCGCAGCAUCCAUGGCCGCGAUUCUCCUCGCUGGCGGCGAAGCCGGCAAGCGGUUCGCCCUACCACACAGCUCUAUUAUGAUUCACCAGCCUCUCGGCGGAACACACGGCCAGGCCUCGGAUAUUCUCAUCUACGCAAACCAGAUUCAACGUAUACGCGAGCAGUCGAACAAGAUCAUGCGAUACCAUCUCAACACAGCAAAGGGCCACGACCGAUAUAGUAUAGAGGAGAUCAACGAUAUGAUGGAACGCGACAAGUAUCUGAGUGUAGAGGAGGCACUUGAGCUAGGUGUCAUUGAUGAGAUAUUCACGAAGCGAAGCGACAAGGACGAAAAAGAGGGCAAGGAGGGGGAAGAUGCUGUCAAGACGCCUUGA